AUGGCAUUUUCCAUCUACAUCGUCCUUGCGCUCGCGACCUUCGCGAGUACAUUUUCAACUCUUCACCCCCGCCAAUCUUCAACCGUAACCGUCGACCCAGCCAAAAUCUACCAGACCAUAGAUGGCUUCGGUAUAUCUGAGACCUUCCAACGCGCAAACCAAAUACAUGCCCUCUCGCCCUCACUUCAGCGUUACGCCCUAGAUCUGCUCUUUAACCGUACUUCAGGCGCCGGCUUUUCUAUCCUUCGUAAUGGUAUUGGUUCAUCUCCGGACUCUAGUAGCGACCACAUGGUUUCCAUUCAACCCAAGAACCCCGGUGGUCCAAACGCAGUGCCGAAAUAUGUAUGGGAUGGUAAUGAUAACAGCCAAGUUUGGGUCAGUACGGAGGCAGUGAAGACGUACGGUGUGGAUACUGUAUAUGCAAACGCAUGGUCAGCACCAGGCUAUAUGAAAACGAACAACAAUGAUGCGAAUGGAGGAUCACUCUGUGGAGUAUCUGCAGCUAGUUGUUCGAGUGGAGACUGGAAACAAGCAUACGCAAACUACCUGGCACAGUACAUCGUUUACUAUAAGGAUAUCGGUGUAAACAUCACGCAUCUGGGAUUCCUGAACGAACCUGAUCUUACGACAAGUUAUGCCAGUAUGAGAAGCAACGGACAACAGGCCGCAGACUUCAUCAAAGUGCUCAGGCCGACGCUCGACAAAGCAAAUCUUACGAGUGUCAAGAUUACUUGCUGUGAUGCUGAGGGGUGGAGUAGUCAGCAGGGUAUGAUGGGUGCUCUGAAUGGCGUGAGUAGUAUGUUAGGUACGAUUACUGCGCAUUCCUACACAUCUCAACCUAACAGCCCAAUAAAUACCCCGCACAAUGUCUGGCAAACAGAGAAUGCGGAUCUUCAAGGCCCUUGGGCAACAGCAUUUUACAGUAACAACGGCGCAGGCGAAGGACUGAGCUGGGCGAACAAAAUUCAUACUGCUCUUACAACUGCCAACGCCUCAGCAUACUUAUACUGGAUCGGUGUCCAAGGCGGAGCAAAAAACAGCAAGCUCAUUCGCAUCUCCGAUGAUAAGAAGCGCGGCGAGGAUAGGCGCGAGUGGCGGUCCGAGUGGAAGUCGAGUUAG